UCGCCAUUAUGUUUAGGUUAUUUUAAUCGGUGUUUAAUUUAUAUGUAGCUAUUUUGUAAUUAAUACGAUAUAUUUCGUUUUGAAACAUGAGUAAGAAUCAUAAACGUUUAAAACGCCUAAAAUCGGAAAAGGCGAAAGUGAAGUUAAAAGCGAAGACCAUCCAUCAAUUGACAAAAGGUUUGAAUGCUACAGAUACAUCGUUUAAAGUAAAAAAGAUACUUAUUCGUGAACAAUUAAAGCAACGAGAUGAAACAGAGGUUCUGAGCACUCGCAAAUUGAAUAUCGACGAUUUAUUAACACGUUUUCGGCAUCACAAUUCAACUGUGAGACUAGAUGCUUUGAAACAAUUAAAAGACAUCUUGUUACAAAAUCCUCCAAAAUCAUUACAUUCGCGAUUGAAUUCUCUGUUACAUGGUAUCGCAGCUUUAUCUCUUGAUAAAGAGAAAGAAAUACGUAAAAAUUCAUUUUAUGCACUUAAUUUUAUUCUUGGCCUUAUCUCAAAUGAACAGUUGGCACCUUUGCGUGAAAUUAUAAUAUCGUAUCUGAGCUGUGCAAUGACACAUAUUGAUCCACGUGUGAAAGAAGACUCUCUACUUUUCUUAGAUGUGCUUGUACAAAAUUGUAAUAAUGCAUUGGCAAAAGAUAGUCAUAAAAUAUUACCUAAUUUUUUGGGUAUGAUAUGCAGGUUGCAUAAUGAAGGUAGCCCUGUGGCACAAUUAAUGACAACGUUACAUUCCAAAAGUACUAAUGUAAAAUGGAGAAUUAAAGUUCUGGAACGUUUAGCUAAUUUAUUUACCUCUAUUGUUAACUACAGGAAACUUUGUAUAGGUACACGAUCGAUUAUCCCUCCGUUUGUGAAAACGAAAAAAUAUAUCAGAUUUAUUCCAGUUUAUAGCAAUAGUGCGACUCAAUUUUGUGAAAUUAGUCUUGACGAAGAUAUGGUCUCGAUAGAUAAUCAUGAGAAAGAAACCUUACCUAUGGAAGAAUUUGUAAAAUAUGUAAAUUUAUUGAUGCCACUAAUGUCUGAUAUUUGGCUCGAAGUAUGUCCAGAGAAAGUUGAGAGUUACACAGAGAUUACAAUUUUAAGCGAAACAGCUACAUUAUUGAAAAAUGUCAUUGUAAUUAUGCAAUCGAUUGUGGAGUACAUUGAUACGUUGGAUCAGGAUGAUUAUAGCGUCAAACGUAUGAAGCAUUGGUUUAAAAAUACGUUUCAUGAUGCAUAUAUGAAAAAUUUUCUAUCGAGGUUUCCUUAUGGUAAAGUAAAGCCUCUUAUUAAUGAAUCCAGAAAACGUCAAAAAGAUUUUUCUCAAAUGGAAUAUACGGAAGAAUGUUUGGAACAGAAUUUGGGACUUUGUCAAAUUCAUGUAUGGUUUACAUCUCUGUUUAACUGCAACGAACAAUUUCCCAAGUCUGUCAGGAGCUAUUGCAUAUCCAUUCUGAAGUAUUUAAAUGGUAUUAUUGAAAAUUUGUGCGACUCAUCGGCUUUACCUCAACUAACUAAAUUACUAAAAACUUUAUUUUUGAAAGCUGGACCAGUUUGGUAUAGCAACUCUAUUAAUUUGAAUCAUACUUUAAGAUUUAUUAUUGAAGCAUCUUUUCGUUUGCCUAAGAAAGAAUUGCAAUCGCAUUUGUAUUUAAUUAUUGGUGACAUUAUGUUGAACAGCAAUUUAAAUGAGUUGCAUAGAGAAAAUAUAUUUGGAAGCUUUGUUACGAUCUUACCAAGUUUACUCCUGAAACCGAGCAUAGAUGACGUCGUAAUUCGUAUGAUCGGUCAAAUAGUUCUACGUUUUAAGGAAUGGAUCCGGGAAGAAUUGAUAGCUAAACAUGAGUCUAUUAUCGAAAAUGCUAAGAAGAUCGACAUUGUGGGUACACACGACGACAAACAGUCGAGACUUAUGAUAUAUAAUCUAUUUUAUUUUAUAGAUUCACAGAUUUACUAUUAAAUUAAAUUGAUCGCAG